AUGUCCCUCGCAAGCUCCUCCUCCCGCCGGCGCCGCUGGACUCCCCGCGCCGCCACCUUUACGAUUCCUCAAAACAUCUUCGACGCCGCCCUCGACCCGCGCGUUCCCAUCACCAUUGCCGCCGUCUACGCCGUGACCGUCAAGGCUCUCAACGUCUACAACACGUCUAAUGGGAAGAAGCCCUGGGCAAUCGCCAAGACGACGGGCUUCGCCUGGUUCGUCAUCCUCCACAAUGUCUUCCUCGCCGUCUAUUCCGCCUGGACAUUUGUUGGCAUGUUCAGGACCUUGAAGGUCAGCGUCCAGAACCCCUUUGGCCCUGCCGGUCUCGCCGGCACCGUCGAUAGCUUGUGCCACAUCCUUACCCAGAGCCCCGCCAUCACCUCGGCCGGCGUGCCGGACGUCCACGCCCCGGGCAGGAUCUGGAACGAGGGCCUCGCCUUCUACGGCUGGAUCUUUUACCUCAGCAAGUUUUACGAGGUUCUCGACACCUUCAUCAUCCUCGCCAAGGGUAAGCAGAGCUCCACUCUGCAGACCUACCACCACGCCGGUGCCAUGAUGUGUAUGUGGGCUGGUAUCCGCUAUAUGGCCGCCCCCAUUUGGAUGUUUGCCUUUGUCAACUCCUUCAUUCACGCCAUGAUGUACACUUACUAUACCGUAACCGCGUUCUCGAUUCGCGUCCCCAUGAUCAUCAAGCGGUCCCUCACCACCAUGCAGAUCACCCAAUUCCUCGUCGGCGCUUCCUAUGCCAUGGCCCACUCCUUCGUCUCCUACGUUGUCCCCGUGACCAACGUCAUCACCGAGAGCGUCACCGAAGCUGCUGCGGCUGCUGCUGCAUCCUCUUCCGUUGCUGCUGCCGCCGACGCCGAGGCUCCCGUCGCCGAAGGACUCGCCGAUACCCUCAAGGCGCUCUUCUUCGGCGCCGCCGCCAAGGUCUCGGAGGCUGCCGCCGCCACCACCUAUGUUGAGCAGCGCUGCAUCACUACCGAUGGCUCUACGUUUGCCAUCUGGCUCAACGUCCUGUACCUCGCGCCUUUGACCUACCUCUUUGUCAAGUUCUUCAUCGAGAGCUACCUCCGCCGAGGUAGGGCCGAUGCCGUUCGCGCCAAGGGCAAGAGCAACGGCAGCGCCGCCCAGAGGAGGAUGAGCAAUGUCGAGAGGGCCGAGAAGGCCGGUUGGGACGCCGCCAAGGAGGUCAACAGGGAGGUCUACGGUGACGGCAACGGCAGCGAGGAGGCCAUCGAGGAUGACGAGGUUGUUGUGCCGUCGCCCAAGCCCAAGAGCCGGACUCGUGCCUCGAGGAGGGCGUAA